GAGCGGGAAGCGUGCGUGCGUGUGAGUGCGCGCGCGCCAAGUUGGGAUUUCUACUUUCCAAGGGCCCCCGGGCCGCGCGACCCUGGGAGGCCGCGUUAGGGUCGGGUGCGCGCCGACGGGCGGCGGGCGGGCGACAGGUCCCGAGCCGGAGCGCGCCGCUGCCCCGGCCCCUGCGCCGCGCGCUCGCGGGCUGGCUGGGGACUGGCAGGAACCGGAGCUGCACUGCCGCCUCUGGCGCGAACGCUCAGGCGCCUCCUCCCGCCCCAGUCACUGUGGCUCGGAGCACGCUGCCGGCGGCUGCCCUUUCCGCCUCUGGGGGAGCAAAGCCGCGGGCCCGCUGUGCGCCUGAACCAUGGCCUCGGGCCGGAGGGGCUGGGACAGCUCCCACGAGGACGAUCUGCCCGUGUACCUGGCCAGGCCGGGCACCACGGACCAGGUCCCGCGGCAGAAGUACGGCGGCAUGUUCUGCAACGUGGAGGGCGCCUUCGAGAGCAAGACGCUGGAUUUCGAUGCCCUGAGCGUGGGGCAGCGGGGCGCGAAGACUCCCCGGAGCAGCCAGGGCAGCGGCCGCGGCUCGGGGAGCCGGCCGGGGGUGGAGGGGGACACCCCGCGCCGGGGCCAAGGCCGGGAGGAGGGCAGGGAGCCCGCGCCCGCGUCGCCCGCGUCGCCCGCGUCGCCCGCGCCCUCCGGGGUGGAAAUCCGGAGCGCCACCGGCAAGGAGGUUUUGCAGAACCUCGGCCCCAAGGACAAGAGUGACCGUCUUCUUAUCAAGGGUGGCAGAAUCGUCAACGAUGAUCAGUCCUUUUAUGCUGACAUUUACAUGGAAGAUGGAUUAAUAAAGCAAAUUGGAGACAAUCUGAUUGUCCCUGGAGGAGUGAAGACCAUCGAGGCCAAUGGGAAGAUGGUGAUCCCAGGAGGCAUCGAUGUCCACACUCACUUCCAGAUGCCGUACAAGGGAAUGACCACAGUGGAUGACUUCUUCCAGGGGACAAAGGCUGCCUUAGCGGGCGGCACCACCAUGAUCAUUGACCACGUGGUGCCUGAGCCCGAGGCCAGCCUGACCGAGGCCUAUGAGAAGUGGCGAGAGUGGGCUGAUGGGAAGAGCUGCUGUGACUAUGCCUUGCAUGUGGACAUCACCCACUGGAGCGACAGUGUCAAGCAGGAGGUGCAGAACCUCAUCAAGGACAAAGGGGUUAACUCCUUCAUGGUUUACAUGGCCUAUAAGGAUUUGUAUCAAGUGUCCAACACAGAGCUGUACGAGAUCUUCACCUGUCUGGGAGAGCUGGGAGCCAUCGCACAAGUUCAUGCUGAGAACGGGGAUAUCAUUGCCCAGGAGCAAACCCGGAUGUUGGAGAUGGGGAUUACUGGCCCAGAAGGCCAUGUGCUGAGCAGACCAGAGGAGCUGGAAGCUGAGGCUGUGUUCCGCGCCAUCACCAUCGCGAGCCAAACCAACUGUCCGCUCUACGUCACCAAGGUCAUGAGCAAGAGUGCGGCCGACCUCAUCUCCCAAGCCAGGAAAAAAGGGAACGUGGUCUUUGGCGAGCCCAUCACUGCCAGCCUUGGCACCGAUGGAACUCACUACUGGAGCAAGAACUGGGCGAAGGCGGCUGCCUUUGUGACCUCCCCGCCUCUGAGCCCUGACCCAACCACUCCUGACUACAUCAACUCCUUGCUGGCCAGUGGAGAUCUGCAGCUCUCUGGGAGCGCCCAUUGCACCUUCAGCACUGCCCAGAAAGCCAUUGGGAAGGACAACUUCACAGCCAUCCCUGAGGGCACCAAUGGUGUGGAAGAGCGGAUGUCUGUCAUCUGGGACAAGGCUGUGGCCACAGGCAAAAUGGACGAAAACCAGUUUGUGGCUGUGACAAGCACAAAUGCCGCCAAGAUCUUCAACCUGUAUCCCCGCAAGGGAAGAAUAUCUGUGGGUUCCGACAGCGACCUGGUGAUCUGGGAUCCAGAUGCGGUGAAGAUUGUCUCUGCCAAGAACCACCAGUCGGCUGCAGAGUACAACAUCUUUGAAGGGCUGGAGCUGCGUGGGGCUCCGCUGGUGGUCAUCUGCCAGGGCAAGAUCAUGCUGGAAGACGGCAACCUGCACGUGACCCAGGGGGCCGGCCGCUUCAUCCCCUGCAGCCCGUUCUCGGACUAUGUCUACAAGCGCAUUAAAGCCCGGAGGAAGAUGGCAGACCUGCAUGCGGUCCCCAGGGGCAUGUACGACGGGCCAGUGUUUGACCUGACCACCACCCCCAAAGGGGGCACCCCUGCGGGCUCCACCCGGGGCUCUCCCACGCGGCCCAACCCGCCCGUGAGGAACCUCCACCAGUCGGGAUUUAGCCUGUCGGGCACCCAAGUGGAUGAGGGGGUCCGCUCGGCCAGCAAGCGCAUCGUGGCGCCCCCCGGAGGCCGUUCUAACAUCACGUCCCUGAGUUAAGCGACCCCUCCCCCAGAGAGAGGGGCAGAAGCAAGAAGAGAUUUUCUUGAAGCCAAAAUGGUACACCGAUAUUUAAGAAGGAAAGCGAAUCCAAACAGUUGUGAUCUAAAGAAUCAAUAAGCCUCAAGCCUUAUGUUUCUCCAAUGCUACACUCGCUUGCCUAGCUUUACGAAUAUUGCUUUUGUUUUCUGUUUAUGCAUAGCCUUGAUUUGUUGGGCCCUGCCUCCCCCAUUUACAUGCAUGCAAUCAGACAGGCUACUAAGGUAAAAGAGUCUGCUAUAUAGUGUUGAGAGCGUGUGUAGUGCUGCAUCUUAUGACAAGGGGACAGACAAAGCUGGGAUGUCAGGAAAAUCAACAAAAGGGACAUGGUUACUCGGGGUGAGGGGGUGGUGGGAGCCCAGAGCAAGGCGGAAGGCUCAGCGGGGCUGGGGGAGGGUGUGUCAGGGGAGGUGGGGGGGUGGGGGGUGAGCAUACAGGGGCUUGUGUGUUGUGUCGAUGAAGCACGUUUAUUUCAAUGGCAGGUGGCCAUCCUGGGGCAGUCGUCCCUUCAUCACGGUCCCCCAGGGUCUGUGGAGAAGGUGAACAGUCUUCAGGUGCCAGACUUUGUCACAUCCCCUCCUAGAUUUUAUUCCUUUGAACCUUUUAUUAAAACACCAAAACCCAACCAUUACGUUCACCUGCUCGAUCGCGCCAGUGUUUGGUGGGGCCGCUCUCCCAGCGUUGCUUUCCAAUUCUCUUUCCUGGGCUGGGAAGGAAGAGAGGGGACAGGAGGCCACCCUUCUCCUCCUCUGUCCUGCCUGCCUCUUUGGUGCUCUUAAAAGGCAACAGCUGGGAGCGCACACAGGCCCUCGGGCGGGUGGGGGCAGCCAUGCUCACACACCUCCCUCUAAACGUCUGUUGGAGAUCGUCUCUCCCCUUGGCUUUGUGAAAACCCGAAGGGGUGGUGUGCAUCCGGUAUCCCAAGUUAGGAUGCGCCCAGGCGGGGCCCCAGGAAGGGCUGCUCGUGCUGGCGGUGAGUGGCUGCUUCUUUCCAUCUGGGACCCAGGCCCCUCCAUGAUUGAACAGGAUUUUUCGUUUGCAAAUUUAGGCACUUAGGUAUCCUCCAAGUUUUGUGAGAAACAGGUGAUCUCAGCUGAGAUGGGAGCCACACAGGGAUUUGGGAAAGCGAGUCUCUGGAGCUGGGGGGGCAUGUUCAGGGCCAUGGGUCUGCUUUUCAGGUCUGAACCAUCUUUCCCCCCUUCCUUUAGCAUAUCCUCUGGGGGAGCUUUUUGUUUCCAUCUGAAGUCUCCCAGGGUGAGUGGAAGUGACACAUAGUCUCGUGUGAUGUGGCACAUUAUGGACAUGGAGCCCAAUGUCAAUUUCUCCGUCCUGCCACUUGUGAAAAUUCCAUUUUGGAGCAAGUUCUGUGAGCCACCUGAGUAUCUGUGGACUCAAGAGGCCCGUAGGCAGAAUGAGGAUAUCCACCAUGGGAUCGGACUUCUGUGCUUGGGAGAUCCAGCUUGUAGAACCCUGUGUACUAGGUAUUUUGAAGGAAAAGGGCAGGUGUCACACACCUGUCACGUGCUAAGGAGAAGCCACGAUCUCUGACGGCAGGUUUUACUAAGCUGAAGACCAGAGAAAAGGGGACAACACAGGGCUAACAAGGAAUUUGGAAAUAGCCAAGGAAGAGGAUCUCCCCCUAGCAAGCCAGUUAUUGUUCUCAUGAAAAUGAUCAUUUCUCCUCAUAAUAAGGGAUCUUGCUAUUUUAAGGCUUUUUCAAUGGUGCCUUUAUUUUAAAGGAAACUUAGGGGGAGCAUGCACCUCUUCAUUUAUAACUCAAAGACUUAAGGGCCUGUUGCAGAACUCAGAAUGACGGUUUUGCAGACCCAGGGAGAUUGUCAGAUCUGAAACAUCUGACCGCUGUUAAACCUCAGUGGCUGGGCUGGGCGGUCGGAGGUGUUGCAGUACCAGCCGCAACCGCCAGAUGGAGGAAAAGACCAACUAGUGGGCCAGUCCUCUUUUGUGUACCGUCUGCUAGCGUUAACUUAGCAGUUACUGUUACUUAGCCUGUUAAGGUAGCUACCGUUAACUUAGCUUUCAUGGCCAAAUUGGUCAUCUGCACUGCGACUGCCGAAUGAAACAUUCAACCAGAACUUCCUAUUCCACACAAGCGUUCCGUGCUGUAGGAACAACCACCUCUGAUGCCUUCAUGAUGGGCAGCGUGAUCUGGGGAACUAUCAGUAACUUCCCAAACAGAGAUUCCUAAUAAUUUCAAGAAAACUCCCUUUAGUUCCAUCCCUUGUAUUUCUUGUACCUUGUCACUUUAGCUAAAAUUGUAUUCACCUGUGUCCUGUUCCAUAAGACACAUCAAAGAGCCCUUGUAUACAAAGGGUUUAGGAAGAGAAGAUGAUGUGAGUCACAUCCCUCUCAGAAUUCAUGCCGUCUUAUCCAAGAGUGGAGGGCGUGCUGGACCCUCCCCUCCUGCCCAUGCUUUCUUUUUUUCCUCUCUUCACUUGGCCUGGCCCCUCUUUAAGGAUGCCCUGCCUUCCCCCCCGACCUUCUCCCCUUUUUCCUCAACCCAGAUGGCCUCCACCUGGGGUGUUCUAUUGGAGGGCCACCAUCUUGGGUAGUUGAGAAGGUAGUUGUGGAAUCAUGAAAUCAGCCAACCCCACAGAGGUAUUUCUUCUAUUUCUGUGUGUUCUAAAAAUGGCAGUUUUUUGUAGUCAUCGCAAAAAUGGGUUUUCUUCAAAGACCAGUCACCCUUUGGCCCUUUUCUUCAUGCCUACACCCAGAGAGUCAUGCUUUGCUGCAAAGGCCUUCAUCCUAAGCCUGGACUUCCGCUCACCCUGAGAAGCCCUUCCCAACUAGGGUGGAUGAGCCCCAACUUUGGUUCUUGCCACAAGCUUCCCAGGCCUUCCUUCUCUCCCCUGGAAAAUUCCAGCUUGAGUCCCAGAUAUACCCAUGGGCUGUGCUGAGCAGCCAGCAUUCAUUGUAAAAGUUCCCUCCUUGGAAAAUGGUGUGUGGGUGUUCAGUUCUGUGUCUGGUGAAAAUGAACAGACCGUAAAUCUCCCUGUGAUCUGUGGUAGCUGUGAGGCAGCUCUGGGACGUGAAGAGCUGUUUGGUUUGAACCGUGAAGAAAACUGUGUUUUGAGUUUAGCUGAGAUUAAAGAAAAAGUUCAUCAAGUGACUGUUAAUGUACACCUGGUUAUUAAAAUAACUAUGAAAUUACA